AUGCAUCAUCAUCGUUUAUUCUUGUCUUCGCGGACUGUUUAUUCAAUUCACUUGCACGUUACAUGUUUUUCGACAACCUGGUCAAAGUCACGACCAUUCUCAUCAUUAACUUUACAAAAUGAAGCAGUGCUGAAACGGUCACUGCAAAACCUAAGAUAUCGACUGAAAAGAGAAGACGUUGUAGUUUAUAAAGCUCCAGAAUCUACAAAUAAGUUUUCAUGGGCAUUUCACGGUGUUGCUGUCGUACAGUUUAUCUUUUGGACAAACAUUGCUGAUUUGUAUUGGAGAUUAUCACUCAAAAAUGAAAGGGAACCAGAGAAGUUUGAAAAGCGACUGCUGUACUCGGGUGGCAUGUUAUUAGCAGGUUUAGUUGCAUCUGCGAGUUUGAUUCUAAUUCCCAGCCGGACCAUAACUUAUAUUAAGGUAUUAAAAGGAGGGGUACGGGCAGAGUUUGAAACGGGGAGAAAACUCUUGCCAAAUAAGAAACGGAUUGUUCCCGUGAAGAAUUUGUAUUUGCGUCAGAGACUGUACACCAGACAAGGGGAAACCGGAUAUGACAAGAAGAUGUCCUUUGCCAAGCCAUUAUUAUUGAGAGAGGAAGGCAAGCGGAUGCCAUACUUUCUGGAUAGAUCAGGAGAAUUCUAUGAGCCAAAAGCGUUUGAUGCUAUCUUUUGGACCAAAGAAAACAGGAAAUAA